AUGCAGUUUGCCACAGUUCAGUCAGGGUUUCAACCACCACCACCACCUCAGCCGUCUCAGCCAACUAUGUCAGCCCAGAGUUCUCGACCUGGUAGGGGAGCUUCUUCGAGUGCACCCACUCAGCAGUCUGGUUAUCAGGAAGGCGGUUCUCAGGGGCAGAGGACCCAGGGUCGCGUGUUUGCACUUACUCCAGCUGAGCCACCAUCCAGUCCUUCAGUUGUCAGGGGUAUGUUUCUUGUGUCCCAUUCUUGGGCACGUGUAUUAUUUGAUUCCGGUGCUUCUUAUUCAUUCAUUUCUUCAUCAUUUGCACGGGCAUUGGGUUUGGAGGUCAGUCAGUUAGACAGACCGCUCUGUGUUGACACACCUAUUGGGGAUUCAGUUAUUCUUGGUAGAGUUUGUAGGAGUUGUUCCAUCACGAUUGCCGGAUGUGUUCUUGAGUUCGAUCUCAUCCUUCUCGAGAUGACGGGAUUUGACGUCAUUCUUGGGAUGGACUGGUUGUCAUCCUUCAGAGCUGUUAUUGAUUGUUUUAGGAGUAGAGUUUCAGUGUGUACCCCGGAUGGGGAUUGUUUCUAUUUUGUGGGAGAUCGGUGCGAUCGUCUCACUCAUUCAUUUUAUGGUGUUAGGGGUCAGGAUCGGCAGACAUUCUUCUUGGCUAGUCUUCUCACCGAUGAUGACGUUGAGUCUUAUGGGGUUGAUUAUUUAGCGGUUGUGCGCAAUUUUUUGGAUAUGUUUUUGGAGGACUUGACUGAGUUACCUCCACACCGAGAGGUGGAAUUUGCUAUUGAUUUGAUGCCUGGUACCGCGCCAAUCUUUAUGGCACCGUAUCAUAUGGCACCGAUUGAAUUAGAAGAAUUGAAAAAGUAA